GGAAACGGGCCUGCUGGCCGCAAUUCGAUCUUGAUUUCUGGUCAACGACGCAAGCUUAUGCUUUCUACGGCACUCUCCUAGCUAUAUCAUGGUACCUGGAUAGCAAGAGGCUAUUUUUCAUCAUGGCUUCAGAGACACUGCUCAAUCUCUCGACAGACCAUUGCGUCCUCCUCGCCGCGACUUAUGCCUCUGAGUCCAACCUCGAUGCGCUCCGUUUGCUACUCCAGUAUCGACGCGACGCCUUUGAGCCCGAGCUCGCCCUGCGUCUGAUUCUCACAUAUCUCCCUGAAACAGUAGAUCCGGUGCUGUAUACUCCCCUUGUUGCCGAGAUUUUAGGCGUUGCACCGCAAGAACAAGACGGCGCUGAACAACCUUCGCCCAACAUCCAGCUAGACACUUCGAGUGUGAACGAGCUGUCCGACGCAAAGGCGCAUAAACUGGCCAAACAUUUACGUCUCUUACCUCUGGACCACUCAUCUUUCCCAGCAGCCGCAUGUGACGAUCUCGCUGGGAGGUUUCUGAUCCACAAAGCGCAUCGCAUUGCAGAAGCUGGAAUCCUCACCCUUUUGCCGCAAUUACUGGACCCCUUUCUUGACGACAGACCAUUCCUCAAAGCAUGGUUUAUAUCCACCGUUCUACCGUUACUACGCUUUAGCUACGAAUAUUACGCGGAUAACGUGGGCGAAGCAACAUGGUCGUUAGAGCAGUUGGAGAAUGCAAAUGUGGAGCAGGCACUGGAGAUGUUACUGAGCAGGAGCUUAUCCGACACAGAGCAUGGACAGUCAAUGCUGGCGAGGGACAUGAAAUAUCUAGUUGGGCCGUGGAUGUAUGGAACCAGUUCGCGCAAGAGACGCAAGCUCAGCGGGCGAAUUCGAACAAGAGAAAGAAGAUCUUCUGUCCAAAAUACAGACUCCCAGAGCCAUGGGGAUGAUCUUGAGGAUGACGGAAUGAGUGAGGAGCAGAGGAGGAGAAAUCUCAAAAACGAAUGGGAUAGUGCGCUUAGGUGGCUUUCGCGUGCAGCAGCGAAGAAUCUGCAAGCGGUAGCGGAUGCUGUGCAAGGCUGGGAUGGACCCGGUGAUGUAGACUUGGGAGGAUAUGAAAGCAAUGCGUACCUUGAUGACGAAGAUCAAGGCGAGUUGGAAGCGCGGUAUGCACAAACCGUGUUUGCGGCCGUGUAUGCUGCAGAUGAUGGUUCGAAGCCUACAAUACGGUAUGCACACUCAUUGCUCGUGCGAAUAGCAAAUCUCAUGGAAUUCGACCCACCUCCAGAGUUAAGCGCGGCUGGGGAAGCGAUGCCCGUCAUUGAAAAUGCCAAAGGGAUACUCAAAGAUCUCCCGAACAGUGGUGCACUGCAACUGGACUCAUUGCUCAACGAAAAAAGCCUACUCACAAAACCGACGAAAGAGGCAUUUGCACUGUUGGAGCUUCUGGUCCUAUCCUCCCAGGUAUUUCUUGAGUUGAGCAACCGCUUGUCUGUCAUUGCGGUAGCCAGAAUCCGCUUUCAAUAUGACGCGGACGAGCAAUUAGCCAUUGUGAAGAAAGUACUUCAUACACUUGGAGCGACGUCAAAAAUGGACGACGCAGAUUGGGCUGCUGUACGAUCACGACUUAUCUGGUUAUGGGGCUGGGGCUUGCCUCGAGACGACGAAGAGGAUGAGCUUGGUAACGGAGUGUUUAAUAGGAUAGAAAGAGGAAGGUUAGAGGGGGAGAUUCUUGGCGCUCUACUCAAUGCCGGAGCCUAUAGCCUCGCUGCGCAAGCAUAUAUCGAAGAACUCUCUCCGCUCACUUGCUUGACCGUAAAGGACGUCGAAGCUGUCAUCCUGAAGACGGCUCUGCAUCAUUACGACAAUGCUAGCAACGGGAACAGGACUAGGAGUGGGGUAAAAAAGGCAUCUGAUAUUGUCACGACGUUUCGAAAGUACUUCCCUGCGUCUGAUGCGCUUACGCGGUGCGAAGCCUUGCUCGCUGCUACGCACGCGCUUUCCUUCUACAAACUCACGCUUCAGCACGGCGUGCCCUUCCAGCCUGUAAAUAUCCGUGUAUCAAACGACCCUGUGUCUCUCAUUGAGAAGGUUCUUGCUCAGAAUCCGCGGAGCUACACCAAACUGGAUGAUUUGAUAGGCAUAGCAACCAACCUCGUUGCUUCUGGCAUCGGCCAGGACGCGCUAGCGGAAUUUGAAGUAUCGACGAGGCGACGAGAGUCUCCGGAACAAGUUGCAGCUGCAAAACUCAAAGCCGAGAGAAGAGUAAUUGGCAUGUCGAUCGAAGCUGCAUUAGAAGAAGAUGACUUCGAAACAGCAUACUCCUAUGUAGUCAACCGACUCACCGCAAUGAAUCAACCAGGGGCUCGAAGUUUUGAAACUGAUGACAUUUCCUGGCGCGCUGCUCUCGCAGCAGGACGACACAAAUCCUCCUCAAGCUCAAUCUCCGCGUCAACAAACAUAGCCACGCCGCCAAAACUUCGCCGAUUAGAGCAGCGCAUGGAACUUCUUUCCCAAACCUUACUCCUGGCGCCUUCAAAUGCCCUUCCUGAGGUGCUUAAUGUAUGGAGGAAGUGCGAGGAGGAAAUGCGCGUCCUCCAAGCGGCAGAGUCUGCCGAAGAACAAGCGUUCAACGUCAGGGCUGAGCAACAGGGUGUACCAGGCGCAUUCGUGAACACAACAGAUGCAGGGACGUUUGUGCAGCCUAGACGAGAAGUCGGACGAGGGGGAAGAGAGGAAGCUCCCGUUGGGCUCUUCGAUGUUGCAAGAGGAGCGGCGGCAGCGUUUUCAAGAACAGCCUUCCCGCUUCGAGGCCAUGCCGGUGGAUCUUCAAGGCCUGGCGGUUUUGGAAAUAGAGGACCGGAGCAUACGAGACACGUGUCAGCCGCAGGGAGUGAGGGCGAUGGCAAAGAUGGAGAAGGCAGGAUACGGAAGAGGGACAUGGUUGCAAAUGUGGUCACUGGCGGGCUGGCAAGCGGGAUUGGGUGGGUUAUCGGAGCAACGCCAGUAGAUAGACAACAGCGGUGAUCAUCGUGAAUGAGUGCAAAAGCAUAGCAAAGGCGAUCUGUUACGCUACGUAAAAGCAACUUGGAAAUCGGUCGUGCAUAUUGCGAUGAAGAAACGACGUAUAUUUUACAUCUGGGCCUUGCAUCUCAGCGCCUUUAUAAAACUCAACAAAUCCAUGACGAAGUCCUGUAACUUGAGACGCUCACAGACAUAUUCAGUGCAGCCGGCAGUCAGAGCUUGUUGUUUCUGAUGCAAUAGGGAUACCUCCGCUGAGUUUCAUGAAACUCCGAUGGGUUGUCAAGAUCGAUCAAAAAUGUCGUGAUCUGAUUGACGGGCAUAAAGCAAAUACUACCCCCCAAUACUGAACGAGAGAACCUCACAUUCUGGAAAUCGAGGGAUUCGUCUUCACAGCUCAAAGUUGAUCUCCUCUCUCAUCACAAGGCUGCUCGACAAAGUGUUCCCUGAUUACAAGAUUAUGUCAACAGGAAACCUCAAACCUUGGAUCAUGAUGCUGUGUUCCGAUGGCGAGUAAUAUAUUUGUAUCCGCAACGAUGGAUACACGUAGCGACGAUUUCAAAUGAACCGGCGGGUAUUCCAAAACAGCAGUAGAAUGGACUAUCCUCCCGCGCAAGUUGUCAUGACAAAAGUCACAAGAGAAUGAAGGGGAUGUGGAUGCUUGUAAUCGCAAUUCUAUCUCCGUGAUGUGUGGCGUGCAUGGUCGAUCACCCUGACGAAUUACAAAAUACUCGCGCUCUUCGUAAUCAAACCUAACUUCCUCAGGCAAGUUACAUCCUGGUUUCAUCGCCGUGGAGAUCGUGUGUGAGAUUUUCCAACCGGAGUUCACCGUUUGCUCCGCCAAGUCUGACAACAGCUUUUUUGGCUGCAGCCUCAAAAUCAUCCAUUCGAUCAGAAGUGACGUUCGAUGUUGAUUCAUAGGCCUUGUUCAUGUUGUACGUGAAGGAUUGAUUGUUCGGGCCUCGGUAGACAAUCGCGAGCGGAGAUGACUUCCACGCUGGAACCUUGGAAAUAGAAACCGCGCCGAUUAUCCAGACAAGUAGCACGAGGGAAAUGAAGGCUAGGACAACGGGAAAUGCAAGCCACCACCACCGAACUUGAACGCAUGUUGCAUAGUGCAGUACCGUUCCUUCGGCGGGUUGGCUGUACGCGGCAUUUCCAUUUUCUCGGAUAUAGUUGGUCAGAUAAGUCGCCAUUCCCUCGAAGGUCGAAUCAAUGAGGUCGUAAGUUCCGUUUGUUUGAUCAUACAUCUUCUCGAGGAUUCGAGGCCCUACAGCAUUGAUCAGCUGAUCGCUGAUCUGGAUGGUGCCUUCCAGAGUGCCGUCGAAGAAAUCGCUGAGGAAUAUGCCGUAGAUGCUCAUGUACAGAAAUGUCUCAAAGAGAUAAAGACAUCCAUUCUUGAUCAACGUGCCG